UAAAUUUUGCAUCAGUAUGCCUCUUCAGAAUUGCUAUGCAAGACAGAUUUUUGACUCAAGAGGAAAUCCUACAGUUGAGGUGGACUUGUUGACAGAUCAAGGCCUGUUCCGUGCCGCUGUUCCAUCAGGGGCAAGUACAGGUGUUCAUGAAGCCUUGGAACUUAGAGAUGAGGAGAAAAACAAUUACAUGGGCAAAGGAGUUAGGACUGCUGUUGACAACAUCAACAAAAUCAUUUGGCCUGCACUUUCUAAAUCGGACCUUGAAGCAACUCAGCAAGAAGACAUUGAUGAAUUUAUGAUUAAAUUGGAUGGAACAGAAAAUAAGGAAAAGCUAGGAGCCAAUGCUAUCCUGGGGGUUUCACUUGCUGUGUGCAAAGCAGGAGCAGCCAAGAAGGGAAUAUAAUUAGAAUAUAUCUGUUUCUGAUAUUACAGGCACAUUGCAGAUCUGGCAGGGAAUUCUAACAUCAUACUGCCUGUGCCAGCUUUUAAUGUGAUUAAUGGCGGAAGUCAUGCUGGUAACAAGUUAGCAAUGCAGGAAUUUAUGAUAUUACCAACUGGAGCAAAAAACUUCACAGAAGCCAUGAAAAUUGGUAGUGAAGUUUAUCAUAACUUAAAAAGUGUGAUAAAGAGUCGCUUUGGCCUUGAUGCUACUGCUGUAGGGGAUGAAGGAGGAUUUGCACCAAAUAUACAGAACAAUAAGGAGGCUCUGUCUCUUAUAUCAGAGGCUAUUACAAAAGCUGGAUAUACUGGACUUGUGGAAAUUGGAAUGGAUGUUGCUGCAUCAGAGUUUUAUAAGGAGGGCAUGUAUGAUCUUGAUUUUAAAAAUCCAAACUCAGACAGGGGCCAGUGGGCCAGUAUGGAUAAACUAGCAGAUAUAUAUUCUGAUUUCAUUAGAGAGUACCCAUUAGUGUCUAUUGAAGAUCCAUUUGAUCAAGAUCACUUUGAUGCUUGGACCACCUUUACAUCACAAGUAAAUAUUCAGAUUGUUGGAGAUGAUCUCACUGUUACCAAUCCAAAACGUAUCGCACUAGCAGCAGAGAAGAAAGCCUGCAACUGUUUGUUGUUAAAAGUGAAUCAGAUUGGUACUGUGACAGAGAGCAUCCGAGCCCAUCUCUUGGCAAAAUCGAAUGGCUGGGGUACAAUGGUGUCUCAUCGAUCUGGAGAAACAGAAGACUUUUUCAUAGCUGAUCUUGUUGUAGGACUUGGAACUGGACAGAUAAAAACUGGUGCACCAUGUCGUUCAGAAAGAUUAGCUAAAUAUAAUCAGUUAUUACGCAUUGAGGAGGAACUGGGGCACACUGCUAGGUUUGCUGGAAAGGAUUUCCGCCGCCCAGUCUAA